CCUUUGCUUUCCAUCGGCUGCACUGUAGAUUCUUAUCACACAUGUCAAGCGAACACAUUGACCAGAGGACCUCUGCCAGCCCGGCUGUGGCAUCCGUGGCAGAGGAUACUGCCAAGAGUAUACCGCAUUCGCCAGCCCCUGAUACCACCGACACAGCAACCACCGACACAACGCAGCGCAACAUUGUUGUUCCCAAAACGGAGGGCAGAUCCGACGACGAAGAGGCAUAUGCAAACUCCGACGACAAUGCAGACGGCUCAGACCACAAUUCAAACCACUCGCGCCAUGCCAGCCAGGAAAUGUCGCCCGAGCUUGCCGACGAUAGAUCGAUGCCACCAUAUGGCGUUGUCGAAGGCGUCCAUGGCCGGAGCCCAGGCAGUGAGCGGUCGGCCAGCAUCAGCGUUCACCAGUCGGAGACGGCUUCGGGCGGGUCAGGUGGAGUGAACAUCAGCGAUGAGUCUCGUCAGCACCCGACAUCCAGAUGGCGGUCGGAGUCAUCGUCGAGUCUUUCGCAGCAAGCGCAGUUCACAUUCAGCAGUCCCAUGCAGACGUCGGUGUCACUGCCGCAUAGAACGCAGCCGCAGGAUGGCCACCAGCAGCGCAAGCGGUACUCGACUGGAGGGGGCGGGCGGUACCACUAUCCGUCGUCUUACCCAAACAGCGGCGAGCAGUCAGGCUCGGGAGACAUGCCCUCGAAGUACUCUGGCGACCACCUGCGCCAUCCCCAACAUGGCAGUGGGCACGGCAACCAGGCCGAGGAGGAUAUCCGGAUGUCGGAGUCGCCACCGCCCCACCACCAGCACUCACCAAACCGAGGCUCGUUCUCUGACCGCAGGCCGUCGGAGGAUUCGACAGAGGUUUCGUUUAGCGAGCACAGCGGCAACCGGCCUGUGCCCGACCCUUACUAUUCCCCCUCCCAGCAUCAUGGCCAGCGCAGCCAGCACCGCCACGACGGGCAGGCGCGGUCCCAGAGGCCGGCAGUACAGGUCAUCCCUGGGAUUCCAGCACCUGAUGUCAGCGCAGUAACCAUGCCGAUCAACUCAAUAGUAAUGUACCAUACGUCCUACAACUCGGGGCGUGGCGCAGUAUGGCGGUUCUUCCAGGUCAUCGAGCAGCGGGUGUCUGGCAACACCGAUCGUGCCGAGUGCAUGCUGUGCAAAAAGAAGAUGCUGGGAAAGUCGGCGGACAUGAAGAAGCAUAUCGUUCAUUCGUGUCCGAGCCGCCACCUGAUCCCUGAGGAGCUCGAGCCCGUGCUGGAGAUUGUGCGUGGCGAGCUGGAAAACCCCAAGACGCGCGCCAAGCGGUCUAUACCCAGUGGACCGGGCAGCGGCCGGUCGCCCAACGUCGGCCCGCAGCCAGCUGGCAAACUGCAGGUAUCGACCAGCGGCCUGCACUCGGGAGCGUAUUCGUCCCAUCCCCACGGAGGAUCAGUCAGCGCAUACGAUGCGGAUCCGCAUCGUGCCAAAUUUGCAAAAUACUCAAGGUACAGUAUGCAUAUUUUCCCACCUGCAUUCAAAAGGCAACAUUCAAAAGGCAACAUUCAAAAGGCAAAAAAGGCGCCACCCUUUCUGAAUAUUUGAUCCAGCGAAUAAUUCUGCCAGGCUUGCAUUGCCGGCGCAUUCUGCAAAACAUCGAAACCUAAUUGAUGGGCAAAAAUAACCACUGUGAAGCCAUUGUCUU